AUGGCGAUCCAAAUUUUUCUCGCAAGCCUCGCUCUGCUUUCUUUGUGGCUAAUUCUCCGGAAUACGUUCACCCCAGUUGUGUCGUGGCUAUUGCAUUGCUAUCUCAGUUGGCGCUAUCCUAUCCGCGAUAUAUCGGGACAACGCUCUAUGCCCUCCACUCCUUAUCGUUUUCCAAAUGGCAAUGGCGAUGUCGAUAAAUUUAUUCUCGGGCCUCAAAAGAACAUUGAGUGGCGCGAGAAGUAUGGAUCUACUUAUCGCAUCUGGAACGGCAUGAUGCCGGAGGUGGUAGUGAGUACACCCUCAGCCAUACGGGCCGUCUUUGGAGAUUCCGACCAACACAAGAAAGCCCAAAACAUGGGCUCUGGCUAUUUCAUGUCGGCAAUACUCGGUCAGUGUGUUGGGCUCAUUAACGGAGAUGCGUGGCGACAAGUACGAAAGAAGACUGAUCCGCCUUUUACGCACGCUGCGUCGGGAAUCUUGGUCCCAAAGAUGAUCGAUAUGACAGAAGCUCACUUGGCUGCAUUCUUUGCUUCCAGAUCCCCAAACAACGAGCGGAUCGACCCUGUUGCGGAUCUGCUUAUGCUUCCAUUCUUGAUGAUUGCCACAGUUUUCUACGGAGAUCUGACUGACGGUCAAGUGAAGUGGCUGAGCGAAUGGUCCCCGAAGCGCGAGAAGCUUUUCGUAUACGCACUUGGAGGCGGACUGCCCCGCUUCUCAUUCUCAAAGUAUUUGCCGACAGAAGCCAACCGAUUGCUAAAACAGUGGCAGGAGGCGUGGAUGCAGUUCAAUAUCGAUGCAUACAGCAUAGCCAAUAGUAAGAAUGGAGACGUGUUGUUCCGGAAGAUGUGGGAGGAUACUGAGACUGAUGGAGGAAUGACGAGAGAGCAGGUCCUACAAACGGUUGACGAGUCGCUUUAUGCGAACCUUGAUGUCGGCAUCGGAAGUGUCAGUUGGAAUCUUGUGUUCUUGGCCUGCUAUCCGGAAGUACAAGAAGAACUGGUUCGUGAGAUCCAAGAUGAGACCGCGAGGCAAGGUUGGGAAGCCUACGUGCAACGAAGUGACACAUUGCUGGAAGCAUGCAUUUGUGAAUCGUUGAGAUUGAGGCCUAUCGCUGGUGAGCGGUUUCCCCCGAUGUGGCACAGCCCCUCUGCUGACAAAACUUUGCAGCAUUCUCAGUUCCUCAAAGCGCACCGACUGACCGAGUUGCCGAUGGCUAUGUCAUACCCGCGGGACUUGAACCAGCGCAACCCAUUCUGGGGUACCGAUCCACUUGUCUACCGACCUCACCGCUUCAUGGGACUAAAGCCAUCGCAAACCCGAUACAACUUCUCACGCUUUGGCUUUGGUCCGCGCCAAUGCAUGGACAUAGUCGGCAACCAAUACAUCUACAUUGCUUAUUUCUUUGACCAUCUGUGA